UGUAAAGUUUACUCUGUAAGCUAAAGAGAUGUUUCCUGAGAUGUUUACUAUGUAGCGUUGUUUGACGAAACGGGAUCGGAUACAUUCAUGACAGCGAUAGCCUCAGUGGACGAGAAAAGGCGUGAAUUAGUGGAAAUGUUGUGAAAAGGUGAUUCGUUUUGGUUGAUGAUAGGUCGGCUUUGGUUCAGUUAUUUAGCGCUAAGCUAAAGUAGAGCGCGCUGCCUUGUCAUUUGCCGUCAGCUGUAAGCUAGCUAGCGGUUAGCCAGCAGCUGAAUAAAGAUGAGCUCUGCACGGGAGAUAAAACAGCUACAGAAAGCGAAGACCAAAGCGCAGAACAGCAACAACUUAAGAGAGGAAGCCAGUAUCUGCAACCAGCUCGGGGAGCUGCUGUCCAGAAAUGGUGAUUACGAGGCUGCCAUCAGGGAGCAUCAGCAGGAGCUGGCUCUCUCUGAGGUGCUCAAUGAUGUGAUCGGACGGGCUGUGGCCAAUCGAAAGAUAGGAGAGUGCUAUGCAGAGAUGGGGAAAAUCGAGGCUGCUUUAAAACAUCAGCGCUGUCACCUGGACCUGGCUCGCUCAGUCAGAGAUCACGCUGAGGAGCAGAGAGCGCUGGCCACUAUUGGUCGGACAUACCUCUUCUGUUAUGAAUCAGACCAGUCGAGGAACAGUUUGGAGCAAGCAGAAGAUGCCUUCAAGAAGAGCCUGGCCAUUGUGAAUGACCGUCUAGAUGGGACUGUAUCAGGGCGUGAGAUUAGUGAGAUGAAGGCACGUUUAUUCCUCAAUCUUGGUUUAGUCUGUGAUCAUCUAGGGGAGACCAAACGAUGCAGCGAGUUUAUUCGCCGGAGUGUCUUCAUCGCAGAGAAAGGUCAGCUACUGGAGGAUCUGUAUCGUGCAAACUUCAACCUGGGUAACAUCUACUUCCGUAACGGUCAGAAGUCUAACGCUGUGCGCUGUCUGGAACAAGCCAAAGAGUGUGCAAGGAAGAUUAAAGACAAGUUCAGUGAGAGUGAAUGCUUUCACUGCAUUGGAAAGGUGCAGCUUUCCCUGGGGGAUUUCGUAGCAGCCAGGAGAUCUCUGAAGAAAGCGCUCUUGCUGGGUUCCCAACAGCCACUGGACAGACAGGCUGUGAAGAAAGCAUUCAAAUAUGCUGACCAAGGCAGCAAAUUAGAAGAAGAGUUUGGUGAGGAUCAGGGUAAAAGACUCAGUCCUCAUCAGGCUAUUGGGCUGGCAGAGCAGCUUGGGGACCUUUACUGUAAGGUUGGCUGCUACAGCAAAGCUCUGGAUGCAUACCAAGCUCAGCUAAGGGCUGCUGAGGCAGCAGGAAAGCCUGCCCGGGAGCUGGCUGUUAUCCAUGUGUCCUUGGCUGCCACCUACACAGACCUGAGACAGCACAGCAAGGCCGUGGAGCACUACAGACAGGAGCUGGCUCUACGGCAGGGCAGCUCUACUGAGGAGUGUAGCACUUGGCUAAACAUUGCAGCAGCUCAAGAGGAGAGCCACUGUGCCUUUGAGGAAAUUAACAGCAGCUACAGCACAGCAUUAUGUCAUGCUCGGACAUCUGGGCAGGCCAGGCUCCAGAAACGUGUGCUGAGGCUCUGGCUGGCGACCCAAAAGCGAUGUGGGUCGCCAGAUGCUGACGACACUGAGGCGAGGCUGCAGGAGCUUUGUGCUGCUGAAGGCUGGAGUCCAGAUGACAGCGAUGGUGAGGAAGAUGAACAGGAGGAGAUGGACAAUAGUGAACCUCUGGAUGAUAGUGAUGUUGUUCUCUCAGACUCAGAUGAUGAUUUGGAGGGUUAUGACAAGAUGGUAUCAGGGAGGAGAAAGGCAGGAAGGUGGAACAAAAGGAAUGAGAAGGGUGAGACAUCUCUGCACAGAGCAUGUAUAGAUGGAAAUCUGAAGCAGGUCCAGUACCUGGUAGAACAGGGUCACCCAGUGAAUCCAAGAGAUUACUGCGGCUGGACUCCCCUUCAUGAGGCCAGCAACCACGGUCACUAUGACAUCGUGGCCGUGCUGUUGGAGCGAGGUGCAAACAUCAAUGAUCCUGGUGGUCCUUUAUGCGAGGGGGUAACUCCUCUCCACGAUGCCCUUGCUUGUGGUAAUUUACAAGUGGCAAGGCUCUUGAUUGAAAAAGGGGCUUCUGUCAUUCUGCGCAACUCCAAGGGUGAUACAGCCAUGGACACCCUUCAUCAGUGGAUGAGGACGUACAGGAGGGAGCUGGACCAGGACACCAAGCAGGAGUGCAUCGCCACAGAGAGACUGCUGAGGAAGGCGCUCACAGGGGGAGUGCCUGCUGCUGCAGCCCCCGCCAAGCCUUUUGAUGCCCUGCAGGACAGCCAGCUGUUUGAUGCCGAGAACUCAGAACCGCUGUCGUCCUCUGGAGGGGGCUGUUCCCUCAGCCAAGACUGGCCUCGCACAAACAAGAAAUCAGAGGUUAAAGACAAACCUGCCAGCCCAAAACGGUGGCAGAGCAACGGUUCAUCACAGCGGCACAGAGCCAGGGGAACAGAGUCUGCCCUCCUUUAUGGGAAUGAUAGCAGUUCAUCAGACAACUCUGACUCUGAGCACCCGGUCAGUCCUCUUCGUCCGGUACGCCCCAGACAAAAUUUCCCAGCUGCCUUGAGUCAAAAGGAAUUCCCCCCUAACAGCGAAGCCCACUCAGUCCCAAGUUCAAGCCAGGACAUGAGCAUCAGGGAGGCCACUGCAUCAUCCGUCUUUGAACGAGAAGAGUACCACAGCGCCAUCCGAGGGUUGGGCAGCGCAAAAUCUCGUCUCCAGGGUCUGACACAGCCUCAGUUCUCCAGCACACCAGCUGCUUCCUCGAGUAAUAAAUCAGCUCUGGUUCCCGAGGAGGAGUAUGUGGCAGACGACUGGUUGGAGGAUGAUAUGGAGGAGUUCCAGCCAAAGAAGAAGAGGAGGCUUCGGGUGGAGCAGAACGGGACCAGAGGGGAGGAUGUAGCCUCGUCUUCAGGAGCAAGAAGCCAAAACAGGCACUUUAACUCUGACACAGCCUCCAGAGGCCCUGCAGUUCCUCCCUCCUCCAGCAGAGGUCUCUCUCUGAAAAAGAACGGCUCUGUAAAGCCUCACCAGGUGAAAAUGACUCAGAUGCCAGGGAUGGUGAGGUUGGGCAGACGAGAGGUCAGCAGACCUCACAGCCCCGUGGUUACUGAUGAUGAUGACAUAAGAACUGAGACUCCUCCGCCUCCACAAAUACACAUCCAGCCUCCAGCACAUACUCUGACUGCUCCUGUCCCCAUGGCACUGCCUCCACCAAUCAGAAUGAGAGUCAGAGUACAGGAAGAUGUUUUCCUCAUCCCAGUUCCUCAGAGUGAGGCAGACUCCUGCACUGUGGCGUGGCUGUGUGAUCAGGCUGCUCAGCGAUACUAUCAGAAGUGCGGGCUCCUGCCUCGCCUCUCUCUGCAGAAAGAAGGAGCUCUGCUCUCCCCACAGGACCUGCUGCUGGCUGUUCUCCACACCAAUGAAGAGGUUCUGGCUGAAGUUUGCUCCUGGGACCUCCCUCCUCUCCCUGAGCGCUACAAGAAGGCCUGUCAGAGCCUGGCAGUGGAGGAGAACAAACGUGUCACCCGGCUUUGUGAGGUGCAGGACGGGUCCACUUCAGUGUCUGUCUGCGGCCUCAGCUUGGUGCCAUCUUCCCUCAAUCCGCUCCUCCGUGCGCUCAAACUGCAGGCCAGUCUCACUGAGCUGCGCAUUUCAGGCAACCGUCUGCACGACAGCCUUUUCCCUGAGCUGGUGGCCACAACCAUUACCAUGCCUCGGCUUCGGCUGCUGGAUAUUUCUGCCAGCCAGAUUACGGGGGAGGGGCUGGAGAGGGCGGUAAACAGUUUGAAGGGACACAGUCAUCCUGCAUUCCCGUGUCUGGAGGAGCUGGACCUCAGUAUGAACCCGCUGGGUGACGGUAUCUCUGAGUCCUUGUCCUGUCUGCUGUCCUGCUGUCCCCUGUUAGCCAAACUGUCUCUGCAGGCCUGUGGCUUCACCGCACGCUUCCUGCAGCAGCAUCGACUGCUGCUUGCAAGCGCGCUAACAGGAACAGGCCACCUGAAAUCAGUGAGUCUAUCCCACAAUGCACUUGGCUCCACUGGCUUUGAGUUGGUAUUAAAGACUCUGCCUCUGAACUGUCUCACACACUUGGAGCUGUCUGCGGUUCGCAGGGGUCCUGCUGAUGUCCCGGCUCUGGAACACCUCUCAAAAAUCCUCUCACAGGACGAGUGUUCACUGACACACCUGAGUCUAGCAGCAAAUGGGCUGACUGACAGCAGCGUAGGGUUUUUGGCCAGGUGUUUGUCUUCAUGUCCGUCUCUGGUGAGUCUGAACUUGUCAGGAAAUCCAUCCAUAACAUCAGCGGGACUUCAGAACAUCCUGAACGCUCUCAAAGAGGGUCGGCGACCAUUGAGCCUCCUAAACCUUCAAGGCUGUCAGGUGUCCGGCCCCUGGGACAGUGAAGGUCUGGAUGGUUUGUCUGAACUGGUGCAGGAUCUGCAGCUUUGCUCUCAGGCUCUCAAUAAACUGGACCGUCACGCUUUAAAGCAGAGCUGGGACAACAGCCGGCUUCAUUAUGGACGCUUCGUUGACCGAAACAGCAAGUUCCUGCUCUCUGCUGUAACAUCUGUAUGAAAUCAAACCAACUUGAAGAUGCAUGACACUGAAUUAUGAGCCGUGUGAAAUCAGCAGCUUAUUUUUUUAAUAAAAAUUAGUUUUUUUAUUAAAGGGAUACAGAUCUUUAGGGUUUGUGAACAGUGAAAACUUAAGGCUGUGUACCGAAUCUUCAAAAGAAAUUAACUGCAUUAAAGAAGAGUAACAGCACCCACAGACACUCAAUAGCUUCUACAUCUCAUGUCUUAUGUAUGCUUUAUUUAUGUUUACCUGUGAACGUAUUUACAGUUUGUGAGCAAUAUGUCUGUCUUAUGAUGCAACCUGAUUUCCUAACCUGCAAAUUGUAUCAUUUGUUUUAGAAAAUAAUUAAAGUAACUGUAGAUUCUUUA